AUGUGGAAGCCGGAUGCACCCAUGACGGAAGUGGCCGGGGCCAUAAAAAGACACAAGAUCACAGCUGUUGUCUGUUUUCCCUUCAUGCUACGCAAACUCUCCGAGCACGUUGAACUCACAGGCGUUACCUUGGAUACGGUGAAAAAGAUCUUAUUCACCGGAGGCUGCAUUCCGACCACACUGGGCAGGAAGAUCCGUUCCCAGUUCUCCCUCGAAUGCUUCCGGAACAUGUACGGCCUCUCGGAAGCGCUCAGUCCCGCCUGCAUGCCGUCUUGGGACGAGACCGACUGCAACAACAUCGGCUUCCCAUCGGGCUUGGUGCAGCUGAAGGUUGUGGACGUGGAAACCGGUCUGCCAGUUGGUCCGUACAGGACAGGAGAGUUGCACAUCAAGGCUCCGACCGUCACUCGCGGCUACAGCCGUAAAACAGGAACCGUUAGCGCAGUCGACGAAGGUGGCUGGUUGGCAUCUGGUGAGGACAUCGGUUUGAAAAGGUUCCCUAUUCGAGCCGAGAGACCGGCAAAUAGUGCCACUGUUGUCGCAUGUGGGCAGUUGAACACGCACAGGAAAACAACUGAUCAAUAG